UCUCCCUCAAACCAAGAGUGGGCACAAUUACACUCACACACAGUCAGUCACCAGGAUACAACCACACUUUAUAUCGUCUUAUUCCUUAGCACAGGAAACAGUUUCUCUCUAGCUGUUCAUUGCCGUGGACUCAUUCACAUGUGCACACUUUAAAGCUUGACCGCUUUGUCUCUUGUAAUACAUAUCUAUGCCUGGUGACCUUUAAUAGUCAGCAUUUUCUAUAGGAACAUAACUAAAACUCUGUGGAUUAAGCCAUGGCUUUGCUCUUAUCUCCUUUCAUUGUCCUUUGCGUGUCUGUAUCGCUUGUUGCAGUUUCGCAAGACAAUAUCACUUCUUCUAGUGGCCUUAAUGUGACCCUUCCUCCCAGCUCACCAGAUGCUGGUGCUAAACCAACACAGACGCCAGACAACGGGCUUACCACGUUAGCCUUCGGUGUGAUGAGCUUCAUUCUCAUUUUGAUCAUUGUUAUGGUGAUCUUGGUAACAGCAGUUAACCUCAGAGGACGGUGCCAUAAUACAAAGGAAGAGGGUGUCAAAAGCUAUGGCUCUGUGAUAUCAGAAGGCCAUAUAAGCAACAUUGGAGAGAGAGAAAGCAUCAUGCUAGUUUCCAUGAGGACAAUAAACACAGACACUGACACAGAUUCACCACGGAUCUCCUCCAUUUACAGUACAGCACUGGACAAUGAAGACCAAUAGCUCAGAAUCAGAGUAGAACAGUGAACUCGAUUCACUGAAGCUGCCUUUUCAUUCUCCUUUACAGCAAUAACAGAUCAAAGUAUUAUUACAAUGACACAGUUCUAUGUUUUUGUACAGUUUGUCUCACAUCUGCAAAUAUUUAUGCAAAAUUAAAUGAUCACAAAGAAUAAGCUAA